AUGGAGAUUGACACGAUCCCAAUUGGUUCAUGCUCUAAAGAGGACCUGAACAUGUACCAAGAGUGGUUCAAUUAUGCAGAUGCAGAUGGUGAUGGCCGCUUUACGGGGAGUGAAGCCACUAAGUUUUUCGCCAUGUCCAACUUGUCUCGGCAAGAACUUAAGCAGGUGUGGGCUAUUGCAGAUUUAAAGCGAGAAGGAUAUCUUGGUUUCAAAGAAUUUGUCAUUGCUAUGCUGCUAAUUUCCUUGGGACAAUCUGGGCAUCCAAUAACACAUGAUAGUGAUGCUUUUCUGAAAAAUCAAAAACCACCCACGAUGGAGGGUUUGGAUGGACUACUUGCAAAGAGAAAGCGGAAACAAAAAGAUAAAGAUGUGAAUGGUAGUUCUCAGCCAUCACCCUCAGGUAAUUGGUUUUCUGCAAAGUCAACAAAAAAGGUUCCUUCUUCCUCUGUUACAUCAGUUAUCGAUGGUUUGAAGAAACUCUACAAUAAGAAGUUGAAGCCUUUAGAAGUUGCUUACCGCUUUAAUGAUUUUGUAUCUCCUUUACUGACAGAUAGUGAUUUUGAUGCCAAACCUAUGGUUCUACUUUUGGGUCAGUACUCAACUGGGAAAACAACAUUUAUCAAACAUAUGCUUAAUAGUAGUUAUCCAGGAGCUCAUAUUGGACCUGAGCCAACAACUGAUAGAUUUGUUGUUGUCAUGUCUGGACCUGAUGAGAGAAGUAUUCCUGGUAAUACUGUUGCUGUCCAAGCCGACAUGCCAUUUAGUGGUCUUACAACUUUUGGCACAGCUUUUUUGUCCAAGUUUGAGUGUUCUCAAAUGCCCCAUCCUUUACUGGAGCACAUUACAUUUGUGGAUAGUCCUGGAGUUCUAUCAGGAGAAAAGCAACGGACACAUAGAGCAUAUGAUUUUACUGGUGUAACAUCUUGGUUUGCUGCUAAAAGUGAUUUGAUACUUCUUCUGUUUGAUCCUCACAAGCUUGAUGUCAGUGAUGAGUUCAAGCGUGUGAUAUCAUCUUUAAGGGGGCAUGAUGAUAAAAUUCGUGUGGUUUUGAACAAGGCAGACCAAGUUGAUACUCAACAACUAAUGAGGAUUUAUGGUGCUUUAAUGUGGUCACUUGGGAAGGUGCUGAAUAUUCCUGAAGUCAUGCGCGUGUAUAUUGGCUCCUUCAAUGACAAGCCUGUAGGUGAUGGUGUCAGUUGUCCAAUUGGUAAUGAACUCUUUGAAAAAGAACAGGAGGAUCUUCUUUCUGAUCUGAAAGAUAUACCAAAGAAGGCUUGUGAUAGAAAAAUCAAUGAAUUUGUAAAAAGAGCUAGAGCUGCCAAGAUACAUGCUUAUAUUAUCAGUCAUCUUAAGAAGCAUAUGCCUGCUAUGAUAGGCAAAGCAAAAGCUCAACAAAAGCUCAUUGAUAACUUGGAUGAUGAAUUUGCAAAGGUACAAAAGGAGUUCCAUCUACCUCCUGGUGAUUUCCCAAAUGUUGAUCAGUUCAAAGAGACCUUGAGUGGUUACAACAUUGACAAGUUUGAGAAAUUGAAACCAAAAUUGAUACAAUCAGUGGAUGAAAUGCUUGCUUAUGACAUUCCUAACCUCUUAAAGACUUUUAGAAAUCCAUAUGGUUAAGUUUGCAGGCAAUUUUGAC